UCGUUUUUCAUGUGGGAAAAGGCUUUUGAUUAUCCAUGCUAAUGUCAGGAAAGCAAUUCACAAAAAUUCUUCUGAUGAAAUGACUUCAUUUGAAGUUUUGCCUAAUCAGAAUGGUCUCUCUGAGUCUUAUGAUUCAGCAGAAUUCAGUUUUAUCCCAGCAUCAAAUCCUGAAGAAAAUUUUGAUUUGACCAACAUGCACUCUGCAAUGACAUCUUCUGCAGCAGAUCUUAGUGUUGAAAUUCAAGCACGGCUUGUUGAACUUUUGGAAGAAAAUGCAGCAUUGAAAGAAGCUCUGAAGAAAAACAAUGUUAUCAUGCAGGAGCAGAUGAGCACUGUCACUGCCUGGCAUAGUCAAGUGGCAGCUUCAAUGUCACUUAAUCAAAAUUCCUUACAUGAAUCUCGAAAAAGAAUUCAGCAACUUGAGAAAGAGAAUGCAGAGCUUCAAUUGGAAGUAAAAGAAUUAGAAAGAAAAUCUGAUACAUCUUCUUCUGAUCAUGCAAGCUUCACUAUGAUUAAUUCCACAAACGAAGAAACAGGAGAUUCUGCAGAUAAACCAAAACCUACAAGGGGAUCCUCUUCUGACAAUAAGGAGUGUAAAAGAUGCUGUGAGGUAUUGAAAAAACAAACUGAAGAAUGUCAAAAUGCUCACAAAGAAACAAAAUCUGCAGAUGAGGAGAUAAUUCAAAGGUUGCAACAAGAAGUCAUUAUUUUACAAGAUGCAUUGAAAUCUGCACAAAGCAGUUCCACUGAAACAAGCCAGUGCUUGUCAAGUGUGCAAGCAGAAUAUGAAGAGCUAAAAGCUGAAUAUGAUAAAGUGAUGAAAUUUCUUGGGGAAUACAGAGAAGAUGAAAAGCAUAAGGAGUCAAAUGAAAAGUGUGAAGAUACAACUAAUCGGAUGAAACUUGAAUCUGGGCAAGAGCAGGAAGAGGCUUGGAAAUUAAAAUUUGAUAUUCAUCAAAAUGAACUGGAAAUGUUACGUUCUCUUAUUGAAAAAUAUAAAGAGAGGAGUGAAACUUUACAGCAACAAGUUGAUGAAUAUCAAGUAAAGCUUGAACAAGUCCAGACUUCAGAUGGUCAUGCUAUUCAAAAACUGCAGGAAGAACUUAGGGCUGUGCGAGAGAAACUGAAAACUGAACAAUAUCAUCGAGAGCAAGAAAGGUGUAAGUAUGUUGAAAUGAAGACACUAUUUGAAAGGAUCAGAUCAGAUUAUGAUAGAGUGACUAAAUUAGCUGAGAGUUAUUCUCAGCAAGAACAGUUAAAGAGUGAAAAUUUUGUUACAAUGAGAGAAGCUGAAAAUAAAAGGCAUUUGGAAGAAAUGGAUAAUCUUACUGCUCAGCUAUUUGACACUCAACAGAAGCUUGAGGAGCAAAAACAAAAAGUUAAAGAAUUAGCAUCUGAGCUUAAUAUAAUCAAAAAAGAUGGAGAAAUUAUUCCAAUUUUAAAAUCACAAGUUGAAGUGUAUAAAAGUGACUUGAAUCAUGCAGUUCUUGCUAAAGAAGCAGCUCAAGAGGAAGCAGAAAAAUUGUCUCAAGAACUGAACAACUUAUAUUCGUCACUUUCCCUCUGCAGCAACUGGUAAUUUAUUAUUGCUUGUAAAAUGUGACGUCUACUGUUUUCAUUAACAUUAAAAAAUUUUGUUAGCUGUCAGCUACA